AUGGUUGUUCGAUCACUUAAAGUGAGUAAAGAUCCAUUCCGACCUCAAGAAGAGAAUGAGGAACCUCUUGGUCCUGAAGUACCUUAUCUUAGUGCAAUUAGUGCACUUAUGUAUCUUUCUAAUGCUAUGAGACCUGACGUAUCAUUUUCUGUUAAUUUGUUAACAAGAUAUAGUUCUUCCCCUAUACGAAGACAUUGGAAUGGAGUUAAACAUAUAUUGCGAUAUCUAAAGGGGACCAGCUACCUGUUCACAUACGGAGGUCCUGCUAUUUCAUGGCGAUCUACGAAGCAGUCCAUUGUCGCUACUUCUUCAAAUCAUGCUGAGAUAAUAACUAUUCAUGAAGCAAGUAGAUAA